ACAGUCACUCUGUACGCUCACUUAUUUUGCGUUCUUCCCCACGUAUUUUCGAGAAAAAAAAAGAGAUUGUUCAAAUUCUCAUCUCUUUAUCAGCGGUUUCUGUAGCCUGAUCAGGUCUAAGGCGGUCCGAGUCCGCUCUCCUCCACAGAGGAGGGAGUGGAGGCGAGCGAACUCAGACCGUCUGGGAACCGAUCAGGCUACAGUUUGUGCAGACCAUUUGUUCUUGUGGAGGCAAAUAAAUGGCAGAUAUGAUAGUUCUUGGAGGUUCUUUCACGCGAAUUCAUUUUUUAGUACGUAGUGAAAACAGGGGAGGGGGAGAAGAUAAUUGUCCGGCGAGGGGAAGAAGUGAAAGCGUUUGUAUAACUGGCGUAUGGGUUUCAAACACGGAGUUUCCAAAAUUGAUAUUGAAAGUGGAAAAAAUAAGCUAAGCAAGAAAAUAUUUCGAUUUUGCGCUAAUUGUUUUUCAAUUACAAAUAUUAGUAUGGAGCCUUUAUGAGUCGACAUCUACCUCAGAAUUAUCGUUAGUUUCAUGUUAAGAUAGGUUAUUGGGAGGGGAGGGCAACUUAUAAAAAUUUUAGUUGACUUGGGGUUAGGUGACGGCUCUAUCAACUAUACUAUGCAGUAAAAGACAGAGUACGCCCCGCCUGUUCACAGUCUAUCAUUAAGACUAAAGUCAGCUUUGUUAUUUGUGAUAAAACUUUAACGUGUGUUGACUAAGAUGAUUCAAAUUCCCUUUUGUCUUCCAGUGAGGAGCUGGAGAAAGUGAAUAGCAGCUGCUGGAGCAAGUGCCACGCCCAUGUCAUUUCUUGUUGCAUAGACCUGUUGUGUUUGUUCAAAUUAACCCCACCCUAAAAGGAGUGGUCGAAAAAACUCGAACCGUAAAUAUUUCGUUCUAGCCUGUAAUGGUUUACUGCCUAGCAUGGAUAGUCGUUUUUGAAGAAAAGGCAUCGGUGAAAUCGAAAGAGGAAACGAUACAGGGAUGGUUCAACUAAAGUUCAUUUAAAUGUUAAGCUUAAAUUAAGUCAUGGGAAGCUUUAUCAGUCUUUUACGAGACAUAAGAACCGUCUACAGGGACCUCAAGGUAACUUUAAAACUUACUGCUAGAAUUGUUCUGAAAGUGCACGGUAUUGUGGAGGAUGUUGAGCAAACAGUUCAAGACCUAAAGGCGGCCGUUAAAGGAUUGUCCUCUAAAAUUCAACCACAAGAUGGAAUGGGCGAGGUCGCUUUUGAAGCUCUAAUGGAAAGCGUGGAAACCAAAGCAAUUUCGCUGAAAACUUCCCUCAUCGAAGCAACUACUCAAGUAUUUAAUGAAGACCUCGUCAGAAAUACUCAGGAAAAAUGGAAUAAGGUUAUACAAUACUCGAGACAGAGCAGCGAGGCUUUGGCAAACAUUGUGGCAAAUUCUUCGUUUAAUGUUAUUGGACAACAUGUUGACGGUUCACAGCUGGCAAAUACAAUAGAAGAGGCAGUUUCUUUAUCGCAUAUCAGAGAAAAUGAAUCAAGCAACAACAAUGAUCAAGCUUUGGUGCCUAUUGUAAUGGAGAAAUUACCCGGCAUCACAGAUGAGGAAGAGAUUCGAGAUUUUGAGGUUUUACCCCUGGACCUUAUGGAUAGCUUUUGGAAAUGCGACAUCGGCUGUUUUAACAUCGACUGCGCUGAUUUUCGUCAGCUAUCUAUCACCCGUCAACAAGGCGAAAGCAGCUCGCAUUCAAAGAAAAAGAAAACGAAAAAACGCAGUAGAAGACCGUCAAAAUCUAGCAAAAAGGCCGCAGCAAGUGCUAGCUCUUCAGGUAAAACAACAUCAAGGGAACACAGCCAAACCCCAGCUAGGUAUCACAAGAAUCGUAGGCAACCAAGGGAAAAUGUUGCUUUGGAGUUGAUUUUCUUGAUCGCUAUUUUAUAUGAAGGGGUGGCUAUGUCUGACAAUGAUUUGUCAGUGCGUGGAAAUACGUGGAACGAAACAAAUAGGAGGCGCGCUGCCGAAAUUAUUGAACUUGAUGACUAACGGGUGAACGUCAAAUAAGGAACUUCACAGGUACUGACAGGUGCCUGUUAAGUAAAAAAAAAAACAUAUUAAUGCUCAGAGCCUUCAUUCACCUUGAACAGCGGUCUAGAACGGUGUGGAGCCGUAGUCGUCUCGUUUCUCGAUCGCUCUUUGAACGAAAAUCUCAGUUCAAAUUAUCGUUUGUUAUGGUCACUUAAUUAAAAAACACUUGGCUUAGAAUGGCAGCAACUUAACUUCCUGUAUUCCUGUAAAAAUAUUUCUUCUUUUUCAAUCAUGGGGGAUAUUUUUAGUGACGUACUACCCGGCUAGUGCCAAUUUUUCUUAUUAAACGAUGGAAUAAUAUUUCAGGCUUCUAGAAACUAUUAAAUUGUUUUUGUUUGGGUAAACAUGAA